CGGACUCGUAAAAAGAUGAGAUUUUGCGGCAGGAAAAUUGAUUAAUUCCCGAAAAUAAACAAAGUAAACUGAGUGGAAAUUGUAAUCCUGACCAGCAAUCAUGUUGCGCAUCUAUCAGAACACUUACCGGCGCACCGCGAGAAAAGCUGUUGUCUACUCCACCAAGGUAGCCUGCUGUAAUCAUUCCACGCUCUGCAGCAUCACCAGCCACCAACGACGUCCCCAGGGCAAUGGGAGUUCAAACUCCAAUGGAAACCAUCAACGCCACGAGGAGUUCCUUCUUGCCGGCAACCCGGCAAGGGGUUGGCAAAUGCCUCCGCCGUCGCGUGGUUAUGGAAUGCUAGUGGUGCGCAUCCUGCGGGGAGCCCUUAAACUGCGAUACAUAGUCCUAGGCGGCGCCAUUGGUGGGGGCGUGUCCCUGAGCAAAAAAUACGAGGACUGGAAGGAUGGAUUACCGGAUUUUAAGUGGUUGGAGGAUGCUAUGCCGCAGGGCGAACGAUGGAGCCAGUUCUCGCGGAAUCUUAUCGAGGUGGGCUCCCUGGUGAAGAACGCCAUCGAUGUCGAUCCAAAGCUCAAGCAGCUGGGCGAGGAUAAGCUGUCGGAAUGGCGCAGCUGGUUUGACAGUCGUCUGGAUGAUGCCAUCGAGGCGGCCGACUAUCAAGGAGUUCAGAUUGUCGAAACCAAAGAUGAUCUGAAGGCAAAGACUACGGUGGCCGCUCUGGGCAUUACUUCCGACGAAAGUCGAAAGAAGUAUGAGAAACUUCAGAGCCAGGUGGAGACGCUGCAGACGGAGAUCAUGAACGUGCAGAUCAAAUAUCAAAAGGAGCUAGAAAAGAUGGAGAAGGAGAAUCGUGAGCUGCGCCAGCAAUACCUUAUCCUCAAGACGAACAAAAAGACCACUGCAAAGAAGAUCAAAAAAUCUCUGAUUGACAUGUACUCGGAGGUUCUGGAUGAGCUUUCAGGCUACGACACGGGCUACACGAUGGCCGAUCAUCUUCCGCGUGUUGUAGUAGUGGGAGAUCAAAGCAGUGGCAAGACCUCUGUGCUGGAAUCCAUUGCUAAGGCUCGCAUCUUUCCCCGCGGCAGUGGCGAGAUGAUGACGAGAGCCCCAGUUAAAGUCACUUUGGCCGAAGGCCCGUACCAUGUGGCUCAGUUCCGUGACUCCGAUCGGGAAUACGAUCUGACCAAGGAGUCUGAUCUACAAGAUCUACGCCGGGAUGUGGAGUAUCGCAUGAAGGCCUCAGUGCGAGGUGGUAAAACUGUGAGCAAUGAAGUCAUUGCUAUGACAGUCAAGGGUCCCGGACUGCAGAGAAUGGUUUUAGUCGAUCUGCCAGGCAUUAUUUCGACAAUGACUGUGGACAUGGCUUCGGAUACCAAAGAUUCGAUUCACCAGAUGACCAAGCAUUAUAUGAGCAACCCGAACGCCAUUAUUCUCUGCAUUCAGGAUGGGUCUGUUGAUGCCGAGCGUAGUAAUGUCACUGAUUUGGUCAUGCAGUGCGAUCCCUUGGGUCGACGCACCAUUUUUGUACUGACAAAGGUGGAUUUAGCUGAGGAACUAGCCGAUCCAGAUAGGAUAAGAAAAAUCCUUUCGGGCAAACUCUUUCCAAUGAAGGCUCUGGGCUAUUAUGCCGUUGUGACCGGUCGUGGACGGAAAGAUGAUAGCAUUGAUGCCAUCCGGCAAUAUGAGGAGGACUUUUUCAAGAACUCAAAGCUUUUCCAUCGUCGUGGCGUUAUCAUGCCUCAUCAAGUAACCAGCCGGAAUCUAAGCUUGGCGGUGUCAGAUCGUUUCUGGAAGAUGGUGAGGGAAACUAUUGAGCAGCAGGCAGAUGCAUUUAAGGCGACCAGAUUCAAUCUGGAAACCGAAUGGAAGAACAACUUUCCCAGAUUGCGUGAGUCUGGACGAGACGAGCUGUUUGACAAGGCCAAGGGCGAGAUACUGGAUGAGGUGGUGACUCUCUCUCAAAUCUCAGCUAAAAAGUGGGACGACGCUCUCAACACCAAGCUCUGGGAGAAGCUUUCUAACUAUGUAUUUGAAACCAUCUACCUGCCCGCCGCUCAGUCAGGUUCUCAAAAUUCUUUCAAUACGAUGGUGGACAUCAAGCUGCGUCAGUGGGCGGAGCAGGCACUGCCUGCCAAAUCGGUGGAGGCUGGCUGGGAGGCGCUGCAAAUGGAGUUUAUCUCUCUGAUGGAGCGCUCGAAGAAGACGCAGGAUCAUGACGGCAUCUUCGAUCAGCUGAAGGCUGCGGUGGUAGACGAAGCCAUUCGGCGACACAGUUGGGAGGACAAAGCCAUCGAUAUGCUUCGUGUGAUCCAGCUGAAUACGCUAGAGGAUCGCUUUGUACAUGAUAAGCAGGAGUGGGACUCGGCGGUAAAGUUCCUGGAGACUUCCGUGAAUGCCAAGCUUGUGCAAACGGAGGAGACGCUAGGACAAAUGUUUGGUCCUGGCCAGCUGCGACGCUUCACUCACUGGCAGUACCUGACGCAGGAUCAGCAGAAGAGGCGAAGCGUAAAGAACGAGCUGGACAAAAUACUCAAAAACGAUACGAAACAUUUGCCCACCCUGACUCAUGAUGAACUGACGACGGUGCGCAAGAAUCUUCAGCGGGAUAAUGUGGAUGUGGACACAGAUUAUAUAAGGCAAACGUGGUUCCCAGUCUACAGAAAACACUUCCUGCAGCAGGCGUUACAGAGGGCAAAGGAUUGCCGCAAGGCUUACUACCUUUACACACAGCAGGGAGCCGAGUGUGAGAUCUCCUGCAGCGAUGUCGUGCUCUUCUGGCGCAUCCAGCAGGUGAUCAAAAUAACGGGCAACGCACUGAGGCAGCAGGUGAUCAAUCGGGAGGCGCGGCGGCUGGAUAAGGAGAUCAAGGCUGUGCUGGACGAGUUCAGUGACGAUGAGGAAAAGAAGGGAUACCUGCUGACAGGCAAGCGUGUGCUGCUUGCUGAGGAACUAAUCAAAGUGCGACAGAUACAAGAGAAGCUGGAGGAGUUCAUCAAUUCAUUGAAUCAGGAGAAAUAGUAGUGUGCCAUGACCAAAGACACAACACCUGAGGCGUUACUUAUUUAAUUGGAUAGUUUAAGCCCACAUUUCAAAUGUUUGUUCAUAGUACCACGCUUGAGCCCCUUAGUUAAGCUUACUUUGUGCUCCGAAAGUAAUAAACUAAUAGAUCGUUAGUUCGUA